GCCCGUCUGUGUAUGGAAAAAAUCGUUGAUUGUAACGGCCUGGGUAGCCCUAUAAAUAGCAGCACUUUGAGCCGGUCGGAUCCAGUAGCUUCGUAACAACUCUGCUGGUUAAACGUAACGUGGAAAUUGGUUUGUGUAGAACAAGAAGAGGAACAAUUUUUUUUUGAAAAGAACACAAAUAACCGCAACACAGCACGACUACGAAGACGACGUACGACGACCACGACGACGACAGUUCACAGGCAGAGCAUUACAAGCAACCAAAAAUAGACAAAUGACAAAGGACCGCAGUAAAUUGCUUUGAAUACAGUUUUUAGUAAAAUCGGUAAACGGUCAAAAACUAAGUUUCAACCGAAAAUCUGUUAUUCGAAGUAAAAAAAGUAAAACUGUUAAUUUCACAAAGGCAAUAAACCAGCCAGCCAGCAAGAACAGACUUGACAAAUAAACCAAGCAACCAAAUCCAUAGACAUUCAAGCGAAAAUCAAGCCAUAUUUUCAAGCUUUCUUCAAUCAACACACACACACACACACCCAUAUGCGCAACACACAGACAACCGCAACGGAAAACAGCUGACAUAUGCAAUUUUCACUGAGUUUGUUUGAGGCGAUGUAAUUGCGAAAUUUAUGGUGUGAAAUUCUAUUGAGCCAGCCUUCGUACGAUGCACCGCAUUAAAUAGAACAAAUUAAGAAAAAAAACAACAACAACAGACAACAAUUCAACAAAAGCUCAAAACGUAAAUAAUAAAUAAAUAGCCCCAAACAGCGCUCGCGCUGUCCAAUUUGCAAGCAAUAAAAUCGGUUCACUUAACGAGCGGCGAAAGAUGAAAAUGUGAAAUUUCGAAAAUUCAGCAAAGUCCAUAAAUUAAAUUUUUACAGCAGAAAAGUUCUUAAAUUAGCACCAAAGUCAGUAGGAAAAGCAUUAAGCAAGCACACACAGAGAGAGAGAGAGAGCGAGUAAGUACCCCAUUGACAGCGGCAGGCGCAAGAAAACCAGUCAGGAAGCUACCGAACAACAACAACAAGUAACAACCAUUUCAACACGUACCAGCGAGCGAGUGCUCAGCAGUAACAGCCACAGCAACAGCGGCAUGAAAUGAGUGGAAAGCAAAUCAGCUGCAAGCAGUCCGAGCAGUGCAGUGAGUGAGAGCGAGGCUCCAAACGUACAAGCGACAGCUCCAGCCAAAGCAAGGCACGUAAGCGCUGAGCAGCAGCAGCAGUGUAACCGGAGCAAACGAGUGAGACCGCAGCGACGCUUUUGAGCCAAAACAGCAGACCACCGAGCCUUGGAGCUUAGUGCCAGCAACAGCAGCAGUCAGUAGCAGCUGAGAGUGCGUCGAGUAAGCAACGUCUGUGAAAUUGGUGCAAGACGACGUAGAGGAGCUCGCGCAAAGCAACGGAACUUAGCAAAGACGAGACGACGACAACGACGUGGUACAUAGCCAGCCAGCCAGCCAACCGGCCACACGACGCACAGCCAAAGACAAGCAAAGCUACUGUUGUACAAUCAGCCGGCGAAAGGCUGUGUAACGCUGAGGAGAAACGUCGAGCCCAAAAAAAAAAACUUGAAAAGCUGUGUACGUUAUGUUUUCGAGCAGAAGGAAGUGGCAUUUGUGAAAUAAAUCCAUUUUCCCAAACAGUGGUGCAAAGCAACCCACAGAAAGCAGGAAAGCAGUCGAAUUUGCCAUUGAAAUUGUGGUCGCAGCCGGAAAAAGUGCAGACGGUUUUCUGCUUGUUGUAACGCUAAAAUAGAACUCACACAGCGGCACACAGCCAAAGUGCGUGAAAGGAAAAAAGGCAACGAAAAAGCAGCGAAGCAGACGCAAAGCCACAAUAAAAGAGUGCCCCAAGAAACCGCAGUAACGAAGAAAACGAAAAAAAAAAACAAAUCAAGGCGCAGAUAAAAAGCACAAAAGAGCCGACAAAGCGCAGCGGAAAGGCGAAAAUAUUUUACAACAAAGUGCAGUUGUAGUGUGCAGACAAAUUUCCGGCCUACGUGCAGAAGACGUCGAGCAAACGUAAAGAAAACAAGCAGAAACCAGUGCGAAAAGGCUAAAAACCACAAAUUUAAGAAAUAAUAAAAAAGAAAUUAAGUGAUAUUUUAGUGCUGUGAAUGAGACGAAACGGAGUUGACGACGAAGCCUACAAAGCGUAGACACAAGCAGUUACCAAGCAGCUGAGCAAAAAAGCAAAGAAACUCCCACGGGACAGGCAGCCGUUGAGACCGAGACAAAAUUAAGCAGAAAAACGCCGAAAAAGUGACAAAUUUUACAAAAUUUCUAGUGACAAGCAGGCAGUGUAAAUUAGUAGAAGCCUCUGUGCAAUUCGGGAAAUUUAUGUGAAAAGUUUACGUGGCGUUGAUUUUAACGGUAGCGGCUCAAAAGUGGCGUAUUGCAACUUGCGAAAGCGUAAAACAACACACAAGUUCAGGGAAACAAAUCAUUUCAUUUUUUAAAAAAUUAAAAAUACUUAAAAACUUAACCAAUAACACACACAAAUUAAUUAAAUACAAUAACAAUAAAAAGCGAGCAAUUAAUAGAAGAAACGGUUGAAAAUAGGCAGCAAGCGGUGUGCUGAAAUUAUUGCAGAAAAUCUACGAGUGCGCGUACAAAAUUCGCCAAAAUGUAAAUUAAAUUUCGAGAAAAGCGAAAGAUACACGCGUGUUUCAGGCGAGCAAGACACUGAGGCAGAUAUUUACAAAGCAACCGCACGCAACGAGAUAACAGUUAAUUAGUGUAAACUUAAAUGGGAAGCAGCGGUGGAACUAGUACACAACUACUCCUUUUUUAACGCCUUUUUAAACAAGAAUUAAAAUAAUAAAUAAUAAUAAAAAAUAAUAAAUAUUACACAACAAACAAAUUACAACAAAUUACAAAGUAAUGCAAAAGUAGCGAUAAACAAAAUAAAAUGUUUUAAUAAAUAAUAAAACACAAACUAAAAUAAAAUGCAAAAACGCAGCAAAAGCAACUUAGAAUAACAAAUUGAAGCCAGUGUCAGAGCAGAGACAAUUUCAAAUUGCACUUAGUUGUUAUUUUCCAAUUUCGUUUUUGUUAACUAAAGCAUAAAGCAUAAAAAAAUUACAAAAAAAAAAUCUACUAAUAGACACAACAACAAAUAAUCAUUAAUGUUUAAUAAUUGUUAAUUAAAUCAUAAAAGCGAAGAAACUCAGCUGCGUUUUGACCAAAGUGAAACUUCGAGCGACGACAAAGCAGACCGCAGACCGCAGAACGGUUUUCAAAACGCACUUGAGACGGCAGUGAAGUUUGAGGAGAGUAACAGGAGUUAAAAUCGUGAUUUGUGCCGUUUCUUGCAUGCUUUCUUCAAACCUGUGUGUCUUUCAUUUUAAUUAAGAAAAGUAACCGGAAACAGAAACGAAAACAAUUUUUGUGAUUAAAGUGCAUUUCUCUAAGCGUAAUCUAAUUGAGGCAGUAAGAAAUCAUACAUUAUAUAACUAAGCAGUAAAUUAAAAAAAUAACCACACAACAACAACACCAAAAAACACACGACGCUCAAAAGCAAACAGAAAACAAAAAAAAAAUUGCGUAAAAUUGUUAAUUUUGUUUUUCAACUAUCCCCCACGUUCGCUGCAGUCCGCUGCAGCGCCAACAACAUUAAAAUUGGCAACACUACAACAACACGCUACCACAACCACACAACCACAGCAGCAGCAGCAGCAGCAGCUACGGGCACUGCAGCAACAGCGGAAGCGGCACCAACACCAGUCAACGCCGGCAGCAGCAUCACACCCACCACCACAAGCAUUAAGAAUCUCUUUGCGCUUGUCAGCACCGCCAGCGCCGUCAGCGCCGCUGUCGACAUACCGCCCAGUCCGGUCACGGAGGCAGCCGUCGAGGCGACCACAGUCGAUCAGCACAGCAGCGGCUACUUGGACGCGGCGGCUGUUGCCCAACGUCGGCAACAGCAGCGACACAGCGCCAACGGUGAGCGUGCCAGAAGUGUUGCGGCAGCAGCGCAACAGGAGCGAAAGCGGUUUGGAGCGCAGGCUAAAGGCGCGCCUGAAAGUGAAGUCGCGAACGAAGUGGAAACGGAAACAGCGCGGCGACGCGUGGUCAGCGCGAGCGCCAAUAGUGAUAUUGACGACGACAGCGAGGCUGAAGUGGAGCACAGCGAAGCGGCGCCUGCAGACGCGACUGUGUUGGACGAAUUGACGCUGGCCGGUGCGGAGCGUGAGCGCGACGACGACGCGUACGGCGACUUCGAGGCACAAUUCGAGCUGGACGCCGAGCUGGAUCGUCACGCCAACGAUUUGAUCCACAUCGAUCAGGUCUUCGAGGAGCUGCGCCAGAAAAUGGAAGUGCUCUCAGUACAAAAUCAAUAUCAGGGACAAUUCGGUGUCAUCGGUUCAAGCAAAGUGAAAGACUGGGCGAGUCCGCUAACGCCACCACCACCAACCACAACACAAUUGCCAACAACCGGCAAUCAAUUGACCAGCGACAACGUUGUGCACAAUCAACGCAACAACAGCAACAAUAGAAGCAUAAGCUAUAAUCAGCAAGAGUACGCAGAGGAGGAGGAGGAGGAGGAGGACGAGGCGCAGCAGCAGCCGGCGCUGCAGCUGUACGCUGAAGACGCGGAAGAGGGUGGAGACGUUGUGGACGGCGGCAAUUGGUCAGCGCCACAGAAGACGCAUCAACACGAACCGCAGCGACAGCAUCACUUCUACUAUAACAAUCACCAUUACGGUGGAGCCCAAUACAACAACCAACACCACCACCACCAACAACAACAACAUCACCACCAUCACCAAUACCACCAACACCACUACAAUCACUUGGAACAUCACGACAACAAUUACCACCAUUAUCAGCAAAAGGAACAGCAACAGCAACAGCAACAACAACAACAAAAACACUAUACGGAACAACAACAAAAGCGCGCAGCGCACGACAAACAGAAGAAAACACCGCCGACACACAGCGGCAAACAACCGGCUAUGGAGGCCACUUACAACAACAAUCUGUUCUACUAUGAACCACCAGUAGCGGCCGGCAUCACACCGACCGGCUCGCCAACGUCGGGCAGUUGUUUCGGCAGCGCCACUACCGACGUCGAUAUAGCCGCGGUCAAUGAGCUGGCGCAGCGCGUGCAGACGGAGCUGCGGGAUGCGAAGAAACGCCACCUGGACUGCACCGAAGUCUCGCUGCCAUAUGAUCUCAUGCCGCGCAUUGCGGCCGAAAUAAUCAAGGCUUCGGAGCGGGAACCGUGUGGCGUGCGCGGCUGCUCGCUGUACAUCGAUUUCGAGUGUGAGCCCAGCAAUGUGAGACGCAUUGCCUCGUUCAAAGUGGACGACUGCACUGUCUCCACAUUCGAGCUGUAUCUCACGCUGAAGCAGGACAAGAGCGGCUGGACUUCGCUGUUGCCACAGUUUAUCAAAAACCUAACACGCAGCAACACCAUUUUGAUAAGCCCCGAUUUCACGUUGACCAAGAACAAGCUCUACUCCUGCGAUUAGUGCGCGUAAGCAGGCUUGUUCCAGCUGCGGUUUGGUUGCGAGAGGAGAGAAUUCUUUUUUUUUUAUUAACUUAUGUAUGCAUACAUUACCCAUCCAGCGAUCUCAUUUAUUCUCCCUCAGCGCAAUCACACACCAAAUUAACAACAAAUUUACAACAAUAAUAAUUAACCUAACCUAACCUAACAAAAUGGAAGGACCUUGAACGAAGGGCAUCAGAAAUUGGUCAAUUGCGUAGAAUUAGCAGACUUAUGUGCUAUACAUACAAACAAACACACAUACAUACAUAUAUAGAUAUAUGUUAUUAUUAUUAUGAUUUCUUUAAAUAAUCAAAUGGGCGUGGCUUUAACUACAACUACAAAGAAGAUGACAAACAUCAAACAAUUACUACAACAAAACCAGGAACAACGCAUAACGAGAAUACUUUACUUUCUCAACAAUCCCUCCGAAUUUCAUUAUUUUAACUGAACACCACAAAACAAAGAAACGAAGAAGAAGAAGUCGAAAGAGGCAAUAAGUAGAAAAAAAAACAUGCAAAAAAAGCAAAAAAUGAAGAAAAACGAAAAACUGAAAACCUAAAACGUACGCAUAACGGCAAGGGGGCGAAAGGAGUUGGAAGUGUUUGAGAAAGAGAAGUGUGCUCACAGUUUUCACAACAAAUCCCCCCAAUUAAAAUGAAAAUGAAAUAAACUUGGACCACAACACACGCUUUUCGUUACGCCGAACAACAAUUUCGCAGUAAUAGCAACAACAACAACAAUAAUAUAUAGCAAAAAAAAAACAAAUACAACAAUAAAGUGCAACAAAUGCAAAAUGAAAAAUGCAAACAAACUAAUUACAAUACAGCAACAACAACAACAACAUAAACAAUAGAAAAUAUCAACAACCACAACAACAACAGUAACUGCAUAUGCAGUUAACAGCAGCUUAAUUUGGACUGAAAACUCAAGAAAAAGGUGAAUAGUGAAGCAAACAAGAAGGAGGAGGCGGAGGAGGAGGAUGUGGAGUAGAAGUAGGAGGUAAGAAGAACGCACGAGUUGCGUUGCCGACAAAUUACAUAUAUAUUCGCAUAGCGUUAGUGCAGCGUUAGUACAUACAUACAAACAUACACACACACAACCAUACAAAGAAACAAUACAAACAAACAACAACAAGCAUGUGCAUAAACGGUGCACAUACGCUGACACACAAAGCAGCGCAGAGCAGAGCAAGUAAGCAAAGAGGAGAAGAGAAGCAGUAAAAUUAGUGGCUACUAUUUUUGGAAGACUGCAUUCGUUUAGGUGAAGAAGCAAAGAUAAUAUUUGUAAUUUAUAAAAGAAAACAAAAACACAAACAAAAACAAAAAAAUUGAUAACAAAAACAACAACAAAAAGUAUAACAAAGCAACGGACGCCUUAUGGCAGCGUCCAACACUGUAUUUAUGGUAGUAUUACGUGAACAACAACAAAAACAACAAAACAAACAAAUUAGAAAGCCUGCAUGGCGACAGGCUGGCAAACAAACUGUUUAACUUAUUUCCUUUUUCUAUGCAAUGAAUGAACAUUUAAUGGCGAUUUUUUUCAAAAAAACAAAAAACAAAAAACAAAAAACAAAAACAACUACAAAAUUUUUUGGAAAAAAAAAUAAUCAAAAAAAAAGCAAAUAAGAAACUCUUAAAACUUUAAGAAAAUGCGAUGCAAAAACGCAAAAACAAACAAAGUCGAUGUGAUAUUAAUUAAUGAUAACUAAUUCGUAGUAAGAGAGAAACAAAUUAAGAUUAAAUUAAAUUUAAAGAAAACAUAAAAAAAAACAAAACAA